AAGUGUGGGAGUAUUAAUUUUAUGCUGCCUCUCACUUGAGAGACGACCUGAUCCAUGAACCACCUCGUUGCACCAAAGGGCUCGCGGUGAUAAUAUUUGCUUUAUUGUGGAGGAUAGUGGAUUCUACGUUAAUACAACAUACAAGAGAAAAGAUGGCGAAAAGGUGUCUGGGGUCCCAGAUCUUCGAGAGAGCAGAACAAGGAGAUAAGGAAGAGCUUCUUGUUCUUGUACGAUCUCACUCACAAAGUGAAGUUCACCAAGCUUUGAGAUGGCGGAGGAAAUGGCGAGCAUUGGCUCGCUACCGUGAUCCCGACGGCAGAAACGCCCUUUCCGUUGCUGCAGCAAACGGCCACACAGAUGUCAUCAAGGCUCUUUUAGGCUUCAACGCUCUCGAGAUCGAACAUGCUGAAUGUCUUGGAAGCGCACAAGCUGGCAGUUGUGUAGUUGGUUCCCUCUUUUAUGCUUUCAAGAACGUACAGUGGGAAACAGCCCGAGUUUUGAUGGCGGCGAGAGCAGAUCCUUCCAGGGAUCUGUUGCUUCAUGCCCUGGUGACCUGGUCAUCGAUUCGAUCCCGCAGGAUCGAUGCCUUCAUGGCGCUACUGGAAGGCAAGAUUGAUUUUGAUCAGAAGGACGAGAAUGGCCAGACGGCACUUAUGAUCGCCUGCGAGCAAGGGAACCGUACCAUGGUUCAUCUUUUGCUUAAGUAUGGCGCUGACCCGAAUGUGCAGGAUUUAGAUGGAAACACGGCCCUGCAAUUGAUCCCGCCAGUGAAGAUCAAAGAACUCAGUAAAGUCUUGUGUGAACAAGGAGCCCGGCUUAUUCGAAAUCAAGCUGGGGUUCUUCUUGUUACAUCAGCCACUGCAUGAGGGAUAACUGUUAACUCGAGGUUGUGCGUUACUGCGUUGAACAUAGCGAUAACUAUCGUGGCCAGUUAAACAUUAUGACCCUGUUGUAUGGGCAUACCAUGUACAAAGGACUAUUAAAUAAAAUACUAUUGGUUUAUCAUAUUCUGCAGAUUUACGACGUUAUUAGUGAAAGAUAUAAAAUUACUCAUUGAUCAAUCAUUUGUUUUAAUAAAGAAAAUGAAUUAAAGAUAAUGAUUAUUAGCUGUCAGUAGAUAUUUUGUAAAUACAUAGUCUUUUCGUUGUAAAGUAUACACGUCGUAUGCUUUGAAUGUAUAAUGCUUGACGAAUAAGUAAAGUAUAAAUAUGAUCAGUAUAUUCUCAGCCGAUUUCUUGUAUAAUUAUUACUUUGAAAAUAAUAAUUUAUCAUUAUUAUUAUUAUUAUUAUCAUCAUCAUCAUCAUCAUCAUCAUCAU